UCUCCACUCAUAAGACAACAUUUCUCUCCUGUGAUUGCCCUGGAAUUGAAUUGAUGUCAGUCCAGUGAAUGAUCAGGACAGUAAAAGGGUGUGUGUGUCCGUCAGUGUGUGUGUGUGUGUGUGUCUGUCAGUGUGAGUCCAUCACCGCUCACUCCCACACUUUGUUUUCCACGCGCUGCAGCUCUGCGCCCUGGACGCCUCUGAAUGGGGAAAGUGCGCGGACUGGAAUCAGCUGUUCCUCGGGAUUUCCGAAAGGCGCACGCAGCUCGAUCAUAUUUCAGGAAGUCGGUUUGUGGUUUUGACUGGGGGGGCUUCUCGUGCACAUCAGCUGUUUGUUGGACUGUGCCUGUGCGCGAUGGCUGCGCCGCAGUGAGACCGUGAACAAGCCAGUCCGCGUCCACGCUUCAUCCAGCCGGGCACCAUGAAGCCCCGGAGCCUGAAGUUUGUUCUUUUGACAGCGCUUCAGGCUUUAGCUCUGUCCCUGUCGGUGUGUGACAGCGUCCGCUCCACAUCUGCUGAAGGGAAUCUUUCUAGCACGACUGAUCGACACACGCCAACAGCAAAGCAGAAACACUAUGGGACAACAGUACCUCUUCAGCUGGUUGGACAAGACUGGAAACCAAUCAGCUCGCUCAAACCUCAGAGUCACCCUGCAUCACUGGAGCUCCUGAUUGAAGCGGAAGGUGUGCAGCUGCUCCUGGCUCUGGAGAAAAACGAGGGGCUGUUUGCAAGUGACUACACAGAAACCCAUUACCUGGAAGACGGCAGUGCGGUCACAGGCGCUCACAACUUCACGGCAAACUGCUACUACCACGGUGAGGUGCAGGGUCGCGUAAACUCAGACGUCAGCCUCAGUACCUGUGCCGGGAUUAAGGGUUUCAUAUCCCUCGAAGGCAAGUCCUAUGUACUGGAACCAUCUGCUGAUCACAAUGACGGGACUCACUGGAUCUACUCGGCUGAACACCUCAGUUUGGCUCCCGGCACCUGCGGCCAUGAUCUCAACACAAGUCAUCCCACAGAACUUGCAGACAGCGGUCCAUUCAGGACGUUCAGCACAAGGCACAAACGCCAUGCCCAGACGACGACCAAGUACGUGGAGCUGAUCAUCGUGGCCGACAACAGAGAGUUCCAGAAGCAAGGCAAGGACGCGGACAGGGUCAAGCAGCGGCUGGCUGAGAUCGCCAAUUACGUGGAUAAGUUCUACAGGGCUUUGAACAUCCGAGUGGCUCUGGUGGGCCUGGAGGUGUGGAGUGAUGUGGACAAGUGUCCCGUCACCCAAGACCCGUUCACCACCUUGCACGAGUUUCUAGACUGGAGGAAGGUCAAGCUGCUGCCUCAGAAGCCACAUGACAACGCCCAGCUAAUCAGUGGGGUGUAUUUCCAGGGCACCACCAUUGGUAUGGCCCCCAUCAUGAGCAUGUGCACCGCGGACCAAUCAGGAGGAAUCGUCAUGGACCAUUCGGACAACCCCCUGGGCGCCGCAGUCACUCUGGCCCAUGAGCUCGGACACAACUUUGGAAUGAACCACGACACGCCAGAGAGGGGGUGCGGCUGCAGGGUGACAGUGGAUCGCGGGGGCUGCAUCAUGACUCCCUCCACCGGGUAUCCGUUCCCGACAGUGUUCAGCAGCUGCAGCAAGAAGGACCUGACAGCCAGCUUUGAGAAAGGCGUCGGGAUGUGUCUGUUCAACAUGCCGGAGGUCAAGGUGCUCUACGGCGGGCAGAAAUGUGGCAACGGCUACGUGGAGGAGGGGGAGGAGUGCGACUGCGGGGAGCUGGAGGAAUGUGUGAAUCCCUGCUGCAACGCCACUACCUGCACUCUGAAGGAAGAUGCGGUCUGUGCACACGGACAGUGCUGCCAGGACUGUCAGCUGAAACUAGCGGGCACCCCCUGCCGUGAGUCCAGUAACUCCUGUGACCUGCCUGAAUUCUGCACCGGCGCCGGGCCUCACUGCCCCUCCAACGUCUACCUGCACGACGGCCACGCCUGCCACAACGUGGACGGCAACUGUUACAACGGCAUCUGCCAGACCCAUGAGCAGCAGUGCAUCACACUGUGGGGGCCAGGGGCCAAGCCAGCCCCGGGCAUCUGCUUUGAAAAGGUCAACUCAGCAGGGGACCCCUACGGCAACUGUGGGAAGGACUCCAAAGGCUCCUUUGCCAAAUGUGAAGCACGAGACGCUAAAUGCGGCAAAAUCCAGUGUCAAGGAGGAGCUAACCGCCCAGUAAUUGGCACCAAUGCUGUUUCCAUAGAGACAAACAUACCCUUGCAGGCGGGGGGAAGGAUACUGUGCCGGGGUACGCACGUCUACCUCGGGGAUGACAUGCCCGACCCCGGCCUGGUGCUGACGGGCACAAAGUGUGGAGAUGGACUGAUGUGUCUGAAUCGUCGGUGCCAGAACGUCAGCGUUUUCGGCGUGCACGAGUGCUCCGCCAAGUGCAGCAGUCGAGGGGUGUGCAACAACAACAAGAACUGUCACUGCGAGGCUCACUGGGCGCCUCCGUUCUGUGACAAGGCAGGUUUGGGGGGGAGCGUGGACAGUGGCCCCAUCAGAUUAGCAGACCACAGGGGUUUGACAGUUGGCAUCCUGGUGGCUCUCCUCACUGUCCUGAGCGCUGGUCUGAUCGUCUGCAUCAAGAGGAAAACUCUGCUCGGCCUCCUGCUCACCAGCAAGAAGAACCCACUCGAGAAGCUCAGAUCGGUGAGUGCAGCAGUCGGCGGAUCAUCCGCUCCGAACCAGCCUCCGUCAGCGUGCGCGACAUCCGCGCCAGGACCGGCCCCGCCACUGACGCACAGCGCCGCCAUCUUUAAGCCUCCUCACCGGGGCCCGGAGGCGGCGCUCGCACCAGCACCUUACCCCUCCCACAACCUGCGCCGGCUGCCCCAGUGCCCUCCCAUUCACCUCAGCCACCCCGUCCCCCUGGCUCUCACCGUGACCCUGACCCCCGGGCCUGGGCAGCUGAGACCUCUGGUGCCUCCGCCUCACCGAGCCCAUCCGCCACACGCCCACGUCGCACCCAGGGGGGCGUCGUUCCGCACGGCGCCGCGCCACAACUCCUGCAGGAUGGUCAUGGAGUUGGAGAAGCCCAGUCCGCCUCAGAAGCCACUUCCUGCUGAUCCAAGGAGCUCCCGUCUGGUUAGGAGUCACUCAGUGGUGCAGGGCCACACUGUAGUCCAAGGGCCUCCUGCUGUUCGUGGCCCCGCACCGAAACCUGGCGUACCCAGACCUUUGCGCCCUGUCCCAAACCCCAACAGACCCGGUCCCAAGCAGCCCCCGACACUACCAAAGCCUUGCAUUGUUGCCAAAGUCAAAUACAGCAGCUGAGACUUUGACCGAAAAGGGACGUUGUUGUGAUGAAGACACUAAAUAGAAAUUGCACUAUGUGGAAGCUCUGAAAACCUUUAAAAAAGAAAUGAAAAGAAAAGAAGAUGGUGGCUUCCCUGAGUUUUGAAUCAGGAGAUCUGCCGUGUUGCUUUGGUGCUCUGUCUCUGAAUGGUGCUACGAGUCUGAGCUCAGGUACAUGUAAAGUAUUUAUAUUCUGUAUUUAUUGCCACGCAGUGCACUGUGCCAGACACUUUUACUACAACAUACAUUUUAAAUUGUUGUUUGCAUCAAUUUCACUUUUUUUGUUUCCAUAUCAACUCAUCUUUAUGAAGAAGAGGGAUUUUUUCUUUUAAAGCCAAUGUGAAAUUGUGCAUAAACGUUGUUUUUUUUUGUGAAAUGUGUUUUAAUGAAGGGAACCUUGUUACAUGAUAGUUUUAUUCUGCACACAGCAGGAAGAGCGUGAGUUGAGUUGAGAGAAAACUUCAGAGACACUUCUAGUUCAUUAUCAGCUCAAUGUUUUUUUUUUCCUGGAGCUUAAACGGUCUGUGUCGCAGCCUUGAGCCGGAGAAAGGCUCGCCGCGGCCUCUGAGAAGGGACCCUCCGCCGUGGUGUUACCGCUGCAGCUCUGCAACGUGACUAAACAGCUGAAAACACUGUGUGGGAAUUGGAAAAGAAGAAGAGGUGACCAGUUAGGAUUGUGAAAUGUCACCUGUUUGCUGUUUCCUUUGCAUGGACCCCGUGAAGCUCACUCAGGGGGGGGUGCUGAGGGAUGAGCUGAACGUGGAGCCGAGUUCAAGCGAGCGUUGACACCCCAGAGAGAGAGAGAGGAAGCUUUCUUUGAAGUAUUGCUUCCGCUAAAGGUCAGGUGCGUUAGAAUAUCACCCUCCGUGCACCGGGGAUCAAACCGUGGAGGACUGUCUUAAAGCUGCGGCCAUGCAGGCAUCACAUGUAAAAAAUCGGUGUGUGGCCACCGCGUCCAUGUGUGGAUUUUAUAUCUUUUAUUUUUUGGGUGAUGGGUUGAGGAUGGAUUCACUCGACCAGGACACACUGCUCCAUCCUGCACCAACCAACCAAUUCAUCCUCUGCAGUUUUCCCUUUCACUUAUUCUUUUUUUUAAACCAACUUGCAUCCUAGAUACAAUAUCCUGCGUAUAUCAGACGUGGAAACAGAACAUUGUUUUUACAGAUUUCUUGUUUUAGCAGCGUGUUCACAUUCACAUUGAGCAACAUUUCCUUUCAGCACAGCUUCUCGCAAACAUAUAAACUGAAAACUGACGUCGGACUGAACUUUUCUUACUUUUGAUACUUCGAUUUUUUCAAUGACGCACUACUUUUACAUCCAUGGCUUUGUUUACUUUGCUUUCUCAGUGCCAUAUGUGUCCAUGUACUAAUGAGGCCGUGUUCUGGUCCCGUCACCUGACUGUACGUCACGUGCUCGAGUGAUGUGUGCUCCUUGUGCGGUGUUUUACAGGUGAACGCGUUUUUUCAUAGCUUUUUUAAUGACGACUGUUUGAUACAUCAUAUGUAAAGAAAACAAGUGUCUGUGUCUGAUCAUGGUAUUUUCAACACUCGAGCAGCAUUAGUAAAAAAAAAACUGUUUUUUCAAACACAGGAGAACGUUUGUGGUUUUGAUUUUUGUGAAAUGAAGAGAUCAGCUCACCCGUCCACAUGCAGCAGCUCUGCUUUGUAAGAACACAAAGAGCACUGUAAGAGUUUUAAAGUACAUAUCUACUAAACAAAACCUUUCUGUCAAGA